UGCGCGUUACAGCCUGAUACAGUGUGGUGAGUGUGUGUGAAGGUUACAGACUUUACUGGAGCUUCAACAUUAUUAAGAAACAAAUGGAGCUGUGGUCAUUCAGCUGAGAUUAAACACGGUUUACUACUUUCGAUUAUUCUUCACCGACUACAGACUGAGCCAUGGCCAGUCUGUCCAGCUACGCCGUCCGCAUGGCCAGGCUGAGCUCGCAGAUCUUCAGCCAGGUUGUGCGUCCGACAGACCCCAAAUCCAUGAAGGUGGUCCAGCUGUUCCAGGAACCCCCCAUGGCCAAGACGAAGGAGGUGUACGAGUGGUACCCUCAUCACAAGGUUUACUUUGCCAUGACGCAGAAGCUCAGGUUCAUGGGACUCUUCAGAGAUGAGCAUGAAGACUUCAAAGACGAAAUGCGUCGCCUGAGGAAACUAAGGGGAAAAGGAAAACCGAAGAAAGGAGAGGGGAAGAGAGCGGGCAAGAAGAAAUGAGUUGCGACGUUUCUGCGUUCUGCAAUCGUUUUACAGGACUUACCUUUUUUUUUUGUCUUUAUUAUGGAGGCAGACAACAGUCCACUGUUUACACUAUCACUAUGUGUGUGUGUGUGUGUGUGUGGGGGGGGGGGGGGGGGUAAUCCUGAAAGAAUCACCUUUGACGGAAAUACAAGUUCUACUGUUGUGUCUUUUCAUGAUUUAUGGAUUAAUGACACAGACCACGUACCAGCACACGUUGUUUGCCGGUGCUAGCUCAACUUUCAAAGGAAUGGUAGAAAAAGGAUGUAAAGAAGCUGAAAUCUUUUAUGUUUUUCAAAAUAAAAUCAAUGUGCGAAAUGCA